UCCAAAGGAAAACUCAACAAUAUGCAAGAAUCCAGUUUAAACAAACAUACUAACUUUGCACACAAAGGCCAACAAAAGUCAACGGUCCCAGCGUACACCGAUCAGCCACAACAUUAAAAACACUUGCCUAAUAAUGUGUAGGUGCCGCCAAAACAGCUCUGACCCACCGAGGCGUGGACUCCAGAAGACCUCUGAAGGUGUCCUGUGGUAUCUGGCACCAAGACGUUAGCAGCAGAUCCUUUAAGUCCUGUAAGUUCCAAGUUUUUAGUUGGGACCUCCAUGGAUCGGACUUGUUUGUCCAGCACAUCCCAUAGACGCUCAAUAGGAUUGAGAUCUGGGGAAUCUGGAGGCCAAGUCAACACCUUGAACUCUUUGUUAUGUUCCUCAAACCAUUCCUGACCUAUUUUUGCAGUGUUCCUGCUGAAAGAGGCCACUGCCAUCAGGGAAUACCGUUGCCAUGAAUGGGGGUACCUGGUCUGCAACAAUCUUUAGGUAGGUGGUACGAGUCAAAGUAUCAUCCACAUGAAUGACCCAAGGUGUCCCAGCAGAACAUUGCCCAGAGCAUCACACUGCCUCCGCCGGCCUGCCUUCUUCCCAUAGUGCAUCCUGCUGCCAUCUCUUCCCAAGGUAAACGACGCACACGUACCCGGCCAUCCACAAACGUGAUUCAUCAGACCUGGCCACCUUCUUCCAUUGCUCCAUGGAGUUCUGACGCUCACGUGCCCAUUUGAUGGAUAUUCUAUCCGAUAAUGUGUAUGCUUAUGCAUUAUCAAAAACCCUCACAAAAGUUGUUUCUCCUCUGACUGUGGGUUUGUAUUCAGAAUGCCACAACAGGAUCAACAUGGUCCUCAAGAACAUUGAGGUUCAUAUGUAUCUUGAGGCACAAAGAAGAGAAGAGAAGAACACAAAGGGACAAAAGCCUCGCUCAAUUAAACCCUCGAUUUCUGACCUGCUGUCUCUGAUCUUGCGUCUCCUAUUCUAUCGACCUGUGUGGACGGAGCAGAACCAGAACAGGAAGAACAUUCGUUAUCUGUUCGUGAGGUUCAGCGCCUGGCAUUUUGCUGGCAGUGACCUGCUCUGGGCUGGACUGGUCAUGCAGUUGUGCCAGGCUCUCCAAAAGAGCUUUGGUAAGCUCCAGCUGGGCCUCUUCCGGAUCGCACAACACGACGAAGAGAAGGAUACAGAGAAGAAGAAGAUUGAGGACACUCUAAAGGACUGGAGGUCCAAGAAGGUGUGCUGCAUCCCCAUUUGGGCUCUAAUACUGAUGGGGUUCACUGGAACGCUCAUCAUUCUGAUCCCUCUUAUUAUAUUCGGAUUCCCCAAACUAAAGGAUAUAGCAGAAGGAGAGAAACGGAAUGAGGAGUCACAAGGCUAUGGUGUGCUGGAAGGUUUUGCCAUAGCUAUACUUGGUGUCCCUGCAGCCGGAGCAUUAAGAUUCACAUUUUUGCUGUUGAAGAACCUCAUCUUCAACCAGGACCUUAAAGUCAGACAAGGGCUGGACAACCAGAAGGUAAGUCAGAAGCUGGGACUCAUGCAUGAAGUUCGGAAAGAGAUGAGACUUCUGUGCUGCUUCAUUCACUUCAUGGAGAUCUUUGAGAGGAGGAAGAUCCGGGUGGUUUUGGAGAUCACCAACUUGGACCGCUGUACACCAAAGAAAAUCGUUGGUGUCUUGGAUGCCAUCAACAUACUGCUAUCAGACGAAGAGAGUCCCUUUAUUUCUCUACUUGCUGUGGAUCCAGAAGUGUUGAUUAGACAGGUGGACCAGGCAGAGGACUGUUUCACCAAAAGAGACUCUGCGUAUGACUUUCUAGAUCGUAUCAUCACAUUGCCCUUUACCGUUCCUCCACUGUGUGAUGCAUCCAAAUGCAGGGUCUUCAAGAACAUUGUCCGAGGUCAGUCUGAGAUCCCCGAAGAAUUCCCUCUUGAGGGCACUGGAGCAUCAGCUGUAGGGUCGCCCAGGACGUUGCUCUCUGUAGAAGAUGAGUAUUCUGUAAAUUACAGUCAGGCUGGAGAGGAACAAGCCUCCCCUUUGAUUGCAAAAAAAGUGAAAAACGAAACUUUCAAAGCAGUAGAACUCAGUCAAGAAGAAGUGGACACGUUAAUUGAGUCUGCAUUUUACAGCAUCCUCUCAGGAGAUCAAAACAACCUUCAGACAUACAUAUCUGGAAACACCAUGUCCAUGAGACGAGUGAUUAACUCUAUUCGAGUAACUAUUAUUAUUAUGGAGACUCUGAAAGUGGAGCCUCCACCUCCUGAGAAGAUCGCUGCCUGGGUGGUUUUGGUGGACCGCUGGCCUUGCAGACUAAGCUGGAUCCUUCAAUGUGUGGAGGAUGACCAACAGAGAGCUGAGAUAGAUGAACACGAUGGAACCUUCUGUGCUGCAGAUCAUACCAAAGCACUGUGGGAUGUGUUCAAUUACCAUAGCCUCGAGCUCUGCAUGAUUGGAAACGAGGUGGAGGACUUUCUGGAAAGAGACGGGGACCCCGAGCUGUUUGAGAUGUUCCUUAAGAAAGACUUCAAGUUUACUGUAGGGGAUUUGGAACGAUUUAAGCUUUGUACCGUGAACUUAAACUACUCCAUCAAGAAUGAGCUGGCUAGGAUCCGUGGGAGCCGCAGAUUAAAAAGAGCAGGGGGAAACGCUCUCAAUUCCCUCUCAGCUCGAACUGUGAUGAAGAUGAAAACAGAAGAUAUUUGUCAAGAGAUGUCACGGCUAAGCUUCCCAGAGAAAUAUACCCAAAGAGUAAGGGAACAUUCCCUAGAUGGUCGGACAAUCCUCUUCAGUGACCCCAAAGACCUCAGACAGGUCUUGAAAAUGACUCUGGGUGAAUGGAUAACUUUUAAAAUUCAUUUCCUGGGGGUCAUGCCUCAUAGUCGACCAGAUGUGGCAGAAUCUCUUUCGAAAGCCAAAUACCCUGGAGUGCUCAGAUGCUCGUCUGACCAUGGCCAGAAAGCAGUAUACGGUCAUUGAGGUUUGCAUCAGUGCAUUUUUCUCCAGGCAGUAUUAUGUGCAUGUAUUCAAUGCACUAGGACUGUGUCACGAAACCAUGCCGCAUCAAUACACAACUAUUCUCUUUUGCCAAGGCAUGCAAUGUUCACCAGCCAAUCAGACUUCUCAGGGAAUGAUGACACCUGAAAAUAGAAGGGAUUUGAUUAUACAGAAUACUCAUAUUUAUAUGUGGAAUAAUAAGUUAAAUUAUUUUAAUCACUAGAAAGAUGUGCAUGGUAUUUUAGAUGAAAUAAACUAUUAACUAAAUGACUGUGAUCUCUGCAUGAAGAAGAAAGUGUGAAGUUCAAAUAACAUUGCGUAAACAAUUUUUAUAAAUAAAUCCAAU